AUGCGAACACAGGAAGACAAGACUAAAGACUUAUCUGAAACUAUUUCAUUACGAGAAUUAAAUUCAAAGCUUAUUGCCAUAAUUGCAGAGCUUAGAAAGGAGAAUGCUGAAAUCAAAACUGAGAACACUGAACUUAAAGCUGAGAAUAUAAAAGUCAAGGCUGAAAAUGAAAAAUUAAAACAAACUUUGGAAGAACAUGAAUCCAGAUUCAUGAAACUAGAGCAGAACGAUAAAGAUACUGCUACUGAAAAUGAUGAACUUAAAUCUAGGGUCGCAAAAUUAGAACAAACAUUACAAAACAAUUCUGAUAAUAUCGAUACUAAUCCAAAAUUAUUAGAAGAUGGUACUGAAGAAAAUAAUAACUCUUUGGUCGUUGUCCCUUGUAAAACGAAUUCAAAUGAUGAUACUCUUGUAUCUAAUGUAUCUGAUAUUAGUUCAAAUUCUGAUAAACUCAAUAAUACUCCAAAUUCUAACGUAUCUUUUGAAAAUAAAGAGAUCGAAUUUCUAGAACGGGUACACAAAGAACAUAUUAGAAAUGAGAUUAGAGAAAGAAAACGGGAAAAAAAGCUAUUACAAAAUGAUGACGCAUCUCACAACCAAGAUCCUGUUUCAUAUCAUAAAGAUAAUUCAUGUGUCGUAAGAAUCGUUAUAAUGGAAACUUCUGCCAAUAUUUCAGGUGAGCAAGGUUUAAUACAAGAAAUAAAUCAUGCAAUCAAAACUGAAGUGAACAAUGAUCAUCCAAAUUGUGACAAUGUCAGAAUUUCAGCGAACAUUGUUCGUCCAAAUUGUGACAAUUCUGAAAUAACACAAAAUUCUGAAAUAAUCCAAGUUAUUAUCUGCCUAUAUCGAAAUGCAUGCGAUGCGGAAAAAGAUGCAAUCGAAGCUAAUCAAAGUGAAAUAUCAUGUUGGUGUUUCUAUGCUAAAAGAUUCAAAGGCAUGGUUAAAGAUUUUAUGAUCAAUAAUGAAAUAGGGGAGAAAAAAGCAAAGGGUCAAGUAUAUGAUUUUAUUAUCAAACGAAUUCCUGGAACCAAACGCAAGAAUUUAUGUAAACAAACACAAAAAGCUUUAAGAAUUUACAAUUUAUUCGAAAAAAUCGGAAUGGAUAAAAUUCAAUUUAUCAAAACCUAUAGCACAGAUACUAUUUCAAGAUUUACUAAUUUACAGAUUCAAACUAUUAUUGAUCAUUUCGCUAAAAAGCCUAACAUAGAAUUUGCCGACAAUCAGGACAAUUCUUCAGGUGAGAUAAUAAUAAUGAUGAUAGGAAUGAGGAUAUUAAAUCUUUACCAAAUGCCAGCAAAGUAA